CGUAUACCUGAAACCUAAUAUAAUAUGGUAUGUCAACUAUAUUUCAAUAAUAAAAAUAAAUUAAAUUUAAAAAAUUAAAAUCCCCUCCAUCUGUGUUACUAUGCUGCCUCGAGAGAACUGCAUUAGAUGAGAAAGAUGUAUGCCUCUUCCCAGUAAACAGGACACUUGGGCUCUGACCACAGCCUCAACACCAGCAGAGUGGAGAGGAGGGUUGUAAGACUUUCUGAUGAGAUAGCCAGGCCAAAGUGAAAGACAAAAAUGUGACUUGGUGGUUUCUGUGGUUUCCAGACCUCCUCUUUCUUCCACUUCUGGGGUUAUAAAAGCAGGAGCAAGGGAGGGCAGGGACAGAAGAAGCUUACCAUGGACACCGUCGCUGGGAAAAUGCAGGCCCUACUCCUUUUGUUGGCCUUUCUCUUACCUCCCGAAGCUGGAGCUGCGGAAAUCAUCAGUGGCAUUGAGUCCAAGCCACACUCCCGCCCCUACAUGGCCCAUCUGGAAAUCAUCACUGACCAGGGUUAUGUUGCCAGCUGUGGUGGGUUUCUCAUAAGUCAAGACUUUGUGAUGACAGCAGCUCAUUGUAAAGGAAGGAAAAUUACUGUCACUCUGGGAGCUCAUGACAUAAAACAGGAAGAAUCCACAUGGCAGAAGCUGGAAGUCUCAGAACAAAUCGUUCACCCAAAUUACAACUUUUUCACCAACCUCAAUGACAUCAUGUUACUGAAGCUACAAACAAGAGCCAAGCUGACCCAUGCCGUGGGGACAAUCUCCCUGCCCACCAGGUCUACCUUUAUUCCACCUGGGAGAAUGUGCAGGGCGGCUGGAUGGGGAAGAACGGGAGUGAUGGAGCCGGUGUCAAAUACUCUGAGGGAGGUGAAGUUGAGACUCAUGGAUGCCGAGGCCUGCAGCCACUAUAUGUUUUACACCCAUAAGUUACAAAUCUGUGUGGGCAACCCCAGGAAGACAAGAUCAGCAUACAAGGGGGACUCUGGGGGCCCCCUAUUGUGCGCAGGGGUGGCCCAAGGUAUUGUGUCUUAUGGACGUACAGACGCAAAACCCCCUGCUGUCUUCACUCGUAUCUCCCCAUACGUGCCCUGGAUUAAUAAAAUCUUAAAGAAAGAGUAGCCACAGAAGCCUGGCCAGCCUGCAUGAGAAUCCCAAAGCCAGAGGCCUCCCUGAGUAGCCCUGGUUUCCACAGAGCCUGGCCCCAGCCCAAGCCCAGGGAGGCUCUCAGAGGCACACAAAGCCCCUGCUGAUUGU